GUUUCAAGAUUUCCUCUAGGGUUUAUUUGCCGGCUGCGUGAAGACCCACCCACCGCCCUUAAACCACACGGUGAACAAGAGCAUCACGCAGAGAAAGAGAGGGAGAGAGAGAGAGAGCGAGAGAGAUGGGAAAGAAACCGAAUAGCUCGAGAAAGGGAAAGAAGGCAUGGAGGGCCAACAUCAGCACCGAAGACAUCCAUGACUUCUUCGAGAAGUCCACCAAAGACGCUCUCUCCGGCGGCAACCUUUCCUCCGCUCCCGCCGAAUCCCUCUUCUUCGUCGACAAAUCCAAAGAUCUUUCAGUGAAGCGCAAGAUUGAAAAGAAUCGGGCAAAAGUACUCCGGUCCGAUAGUGCGCUAAACAAGAACCCGUUUGUGCAAGCUGUAUCGGCUUCAAUACCACAAAAGUUCAAUAAAAAGCAUAAAAAGAUUGCUAAAGCAGAACAUGUAGCUGGAGAUGAUGAAAAGGAUUCUGCCACGGCUUCCGACAUGGUUGACAUCUGGGGUGACAAAGGUGAUGACAAUGUCAAGGUCAGAAAGAUAGCAAAGCCUUCGAUUAUUCCUGCAGUAGAAGUUGAUCCUCCUGGGUGCUCUUAUAAUCCCUCAUUCGAUAGUCAUCAGGAUGUGUUGGCUUGUGCUGUUGCGGAAGAAAUGCAGAAAAUUUACAAAAAUGAGUUGGGACCUGAACCAGUUCCAUUAAUGGUUACGGGAGAAGUUAUCAAUGAAGAAGAUAGGUAUUUUAUUGAGGCGGAUGAUGGGAGUGAUGAGGACAUGGAACCAGAGAAUGUGGAUGAGACUGACGACGCUGUGGCUGAGGGAAGGCUUUAUAAAACAAAGAGGGUGACACGCGUUGAGUUAAAUAAGAGAGCCAGACGUAAAGAACAGCUUCGAAAGGAAACAGAAUUGAAAAAGAUAGAAAGACUUUCUAAAGAAAUUGACAGCUUACCAGAUAUUCUUCAAGAAAUAGAAAAAGAGGAUGAAGAGAAGAGUAAGAGACAUAUUCGGCAAGUUGUUGCUAAACAAGAACGAUUAAAGUCAUUUCCACCACGCUUGGGGAAGCACAAAUUUCAGCCUGCUCCAAUGCAAGUCUUAUUAUCUGAAGAAAUUACGGGAUCCCUCCGCAAGAUUAAGGCAUGUUCAACCCUAGCCAAGGAUAGGUUCAAAAGCCUAGAAAAAAGAGGACUUAUUGCUCCAACGGGAAAGACCAGACGGAAAUAGAGCGAUCUCUCUCCUUCAACAUACAUCUUUCAGAAUCAGUCUAUCUCCAAAUGGUCCAAGCUUUGAUUAUAUGUAUAAGAUUGUAAUAUUUCAUCCUCAUAGGAUGAUUGAAAUUUUGGCCCUUCUUCCUUCAGACGUACCUUUUCGUAAUGUUGAAAGGAAUUGGAUUCAUCCUUUUAAG